AUGCUUCAGAGUCCAGUCAGUCCAGAGAGCCCAGACGGCGCAAGGGCGUUCCACAGAAUACACAACUAUGAAGCCGGCCUGGAAGUUGCCGCGAACCAGAACCGCGAGAAGAAUGACUUGGAUCCCGUGGUUGUGAACUCGCCGGUUGACACACAGUCGCCGCUUUAUGUCACUCACGGACGCUGGCCAGAGGCUCCGCAGGCGAUUGAUUCCACUUCUCCGCAGGCAAUGGGCGAUGCGGCGCUUGAGACGAGUCGUGCCGCUCCAGCUCCAGCGCGACAUAGUCAGGAUGCGUCAGGAGCAGAGAAGGCGUCUACGUUGGGGAUUAGCGAAAAGGGAGUUCCUAACCGCUGGUGUGGCCUCAGCAGGAAAGUCCUACUGCUCAUCAUACUAUUGGUGCUCCUCCUAGUAGGCGCCAUCAUCGGCGGCGCCGUCGGAGGCACCCUCGCAAAGAAGUCCACCUCUCUCCCAGCCUUAGCGAACACCACAGCCUUAACGCAACCAGCCGAUCAAACCGCCCCAUCAAAGACAUCCUCCUCCACAGAGUCCACAUCCGCCCCCCACGUCCGCUUCCGCCUCCAAACCUACGACGACUACAACUACGCCGGCAGCCUCCAAGCCUUCACCGAGCCAGGCAUCUGGGCCCCCGCCUUCCCCAUCCUCAGCUACACGUGGGUCCCCGCCCGCAGCGGCGACUACCUCGACGAGAACCUGCUCCGCUGCUCCGUCGCCUUCUGCGCCAACGAGACCGUCAUAGGCUGGCGGGGCAGUUCGGAAAAGCAACAGCCCGGCAGCCCCGAGAGCAACCACACUGCGAAUUUCUUACAUAUUGCGUGUGAUAAGUUGAAUGUCAAUCCGGAGUGUAGGGGCUUUGGUCUGGGGAGCCCGGAGGCGGAGACGAGUGCUAUGACGGCGCAGGUUUUUAGCCAGAUGCCGAGUGGGACGGAGGGGGAGUGGGGGAGAGCACGACGCUGGCGACCAGUGCGACGGCGAAGGUAA